GGACGAGCAGGAUAAACCCGUCUCUUUCUCUGCGUCUCCGGACCCUCCUCACCCAACCCCCGUCACCCCCGGGUGUCUCCACGAUCGCACCCCGGACAAGACAGAAAUUACCAAGCCUGCCAAAUUACGCAUCGGAUUCCUUUCUUUUUUUUCUAGGCUCCUCUGAUUCCUUCAUCGACCUUUUCCCGUCUUUCUUCGUCCUUUCGUCUCUUUGUGAUUGAGUUUUGUUUUAUUUAUUGUUCCGUUUCGCUGCUGUUGCAGAGGAGCGCCACCAUCCUCCACCGCCUGACAUGAGUACGCUCUUUUAUCCGGCUGCAGCGGAAUGACACGCAUAUCCUAACCACGCAUAUCCGAAGCUUGAUGGAAGAUUGACGCUUCUUUUGCACGUUUUUUAUUUGCCCAGAAGAUUCUCCAGCUGCACGGGGUUCGGAAUUUUUUUCCUCCCACUUUGAGUCGAUCAUCCGCCGCUUUCUGUCCCUGCGCAGCAUCUCUCUGUACGCACGGCGCAUCGCGGAGAAACGCGCAGUAACCUCCUCCGUCAGGAAACAGGCGUAUUUUUCCAAUUCCCUAAAUCGCUUUCGCCUCCUCCAAGGACUCAUCUGCACUGCACGGCUACGCUGCGUACAAAAAACGCCACGGAAAAGGGGGGAUUUAAACGCACACGCAGACCAAGCAUCCAAGACCAAGCUCGAAAAUGAUGGCCGGCGGAGCAGUACAGCAAAACGGGAUUUUCUCAAAUCCUCUCCAUCACAAUCAGCAGCCACACAUGGAGUCCGACCCUCCGGACUCGCGCAAAAGACCCCUGGAGACUCCCACGGAGGCCAGCAGCACCAAGCGCACAAACACGGGAGUGGCCUUCCUGCAGCCCCUAUUUGAAACUGAAGGCAUUGUAUUCCCUCACCAAGAAACUGAGACUCAUGAGGAAGGCGAGUACUUCCUGAAGGUUUUGAUUCCCAGCUAUGCGGCGGGUUCCAUCAUCGGGAAAGGAGGCCAGACCAUUGUCCAGCUGCAGAAAGAGACUGGAGCCACCAUCAAACUGUCCAAAUCCAAAGACUUCUACCCCGGGACGACAGAGCGGGUGUGUCUGAUCCAGGGCACGGUGGAGGCGCUGAACGGCGUCCAUGACUUCAUUGCUGAGAAGGUGAGGGAGAUGCCUCAGAGCACCCAGAAGACAGAGCCGGUCAGCAUCCUGCAGCCACAGACCACCGUCAACCCAGACCGCGUCAAACAGGCCAAGCUGAUCGUCCCUAAUAGCACAGCGGGUUUGAUCAUCGGUAAAGGUGGAGCCACAGUCAAGGCAGUGAUGGAGCAGUCUGGGGCGUGGGUUCAACUAUCCCAAAAGCCAGAGGGCAUCAACCUGCAGGAGCGCGUGGUCACCAUCAGCGGGGAGCCUGAGCAGAACCGCAAAGCCGUGGAGAUCAUCGUCCAGAAGAUCCAGGAGGAUCCGCAGAGCUCCUCCUGCCUCAACAUCUCCUACUCCAACAUCACAGGGCCGGUCGCCAACUCCAACCCCACCGGGUCCCCGUACGCAAACUCCACCGAGGUCAUGCCGGCUGCUGCAGCCGCUGCAGCAGCAACGGCCUCCUCUCUGCUCGGCCAGGCUGGCCUGGCAGGCGUGGGGGCUUUCCCGACCACCAUGUCCAGCCUCUCAGGCAACGACCUGCUGACCAUCACCUCCGCCCUCAACACUCUGGCCAGUUACGGCUACAACACCAACUCCCUUGGCCUGGGGCUGAACCCCGCUGCAGCCUCAGGGGUGUUAGCAGCUGUAGCAGCUAACGCCAAUCCAGCAGCAGCCGCCGCAGCUAAUUUAUUAGCGUCCUACGCCAGUGAUGCAUCCACGAGCGCCGCUCACCCAGCAGCCGGUCUGGGAGGCUUCUCCCUGGGUUCCCUGGCGGCCGCUACAGGGGCCACCAACGGCUACUUAAGCGCUGCAUCACCACUGGUUGCAUCAUCACUACUGGCCACGGAGAAGCUAGGAGAAGGAGCAAAGGAGGUGGUUGAGAUCGCCGUGCCAGAAAACCUGGUGGGAGCCAUCUUGGGGAAAGGAGGGAAGACGCUUGUGGAGUACCAGGAGCUGACCGGCGCCAGGAUCCAGAUCUCCAAGAAAGGCGAGUUCAUCCCUGGAACUCGGAACAGGAAGGUUACCAUCACGGGUUCUCAGCCCGCCACGCAGGCCGCACAGUACCUGAUCAGCCAGCGAAUCACCUAUGAGCAAGGGGUACGCGCCACCAACCCACAGAAGGUGGGCUAAACCUGACAGCCAAUGAGAAACGAGGAGGAAAAGAGGAAAAAAAAAAGAGUGGGGGCUUGGGGGAGGAGUAUAAAAAAGGGAGAGUGAGAAUGGAAAAAGGAGAGGAGAGCAAGAAUGUCGGAAGGAAACGUCCGCGCCAUUUUCUUCUGCGUGUUUUCAGUAUUCUUUAUUAAAAAAAAGUUUUUGACGCGGAGCAAAAAUGUGCUGAGAAGACGAGGAGGGAGAGGAGCGAGUUAUCACGCUGAAAAACCAAGAAAAAAAUGUGUAAAAUGUAAAUAAGGUUUUAUUACUUAACGUCUUGACCUUUCGGGAUUUUUUAUUGUUUUGUUUCAUUGUUUUUUUUCUUGUUUUUGUUUUGUUUGGUAAAUUAAGCUGUCUGUUUGUUUGUGUAUUUUGUGGACGAAGCUGAAUGCCAUGUAGACAGGCCGACUGCCUGAGAGGCUACAGGAAGUGGGGGGAGGAAGGGAAGGGCAGGGGCACGGAGAGAGGGGGAGGGGGGUUUGGCGUUAACAGGGUACGACCCUCCCACCCUUCUCCCCUCCCCCCCCAUUCGAAAACCCCCUUAUGGAAACAACCCUUACCCUUCCCUCCCGCUGCAGCCCACACCCGUUUUGUUUUUCUUCUAGUUUUGACUUGCCCCAAAGACCCUCCCCCUUCCCUCCCCCCAAAGCCCCUCUCACUACUUGUCCCCCCUCCCGUGCCCUGCCCCUCCCCUCCCCAGCCCUUUUACAGGGGUUUUUAUAAUGAGCAGGACUGCAAACUUCAGCCGGUGUGUGAGAGAAGAAACAUCCUCGACUUCGCCCCGACACUGUUUAUUCUCUCCCCCGCCUCAUGACCUCACCUCCCCCCUCCUCCCCCUUGCCGAGAUUACUAAGGAAGAAGGGUGAGGUGAAACCGGGGAGGGGUGUGGGCGGGGUGGGGAAUCAGCUGGGUGUUUCUUCCUUUGCACACCCCUCCCACUGUAUACCCUGUGAUGUAUACCACAAGCAGUGCAGCGCCCCCUGUGCGCGGCUCUAGUGUUUGAGAUAGAAUGCCGAGGCGCACGCUGAUGACCUCACGUAGUGCGAAACCUAGAAACGACGAGAGUGAUACUGUGCAAGCUGCGGCAAACUCACAGGAUCUAUGGCAUUUUUCUUUUUGCAGUCUGCUGUAAUCAUUCUAUUAAUGAUUAUUACGAUAGGAGUCAUCACCAUCGUCAUUAUUUAUUAAUGAGUUCACCCAUUUAAAGCUCAGUUGUUUCGUUUUUUUUAAAUCUGUGAAUUCAGGUUGACAUGAAUGUAAAUGAGACCAUUUUUUAAUUUGAAUCUUUUGUUUUAAUUUAAAUGGAUUGAAAAUGAAUAGUAAUGUCACAUAGUGUAAUAUAUGUCUUAUUUAAGUCCAGUAUAAGAGAGCCACCCGAGGCAUUACGAUCAAUACAGUGAAGGAUCACUUUAUAUAUCCAGUCAAAGAGCAGAACAGGGAACACACACACACUGAAACAAAACACUAUGAUGCCAUAUUUGGUGCUAGAAAAGGGAAUUCACCAUAUCUAUGAUGCAGACUGCAGUGAGAUAAAUAUGUUUAAACCACUCACACCACAGGCUGCAGUGCAGCGUUUUAGCAGCUAUAUUAACCUUAAACGCCUCGGCCGUCCCAGCUCAUGCUCUAAAAUAUCCCCACUGUGUUAUACCUGUAGGAAAAUGCCAGUUACAGUUUGCCAACAAUGUAAACAAGUCACUGAAAAUGAAUAAUUGAGACUAAUUCUCAGUUGAAUCGCUGCUGCGUAGCCUGUGGUCUUCCAAACCCCUUUAGAUGAACCUGAACCACAAACUAGAUCGAGCGAGAGCACUUAAGACUCACUACGUACUACUGAGAAAUGCAAACACGGAGUAAGAGGAAACACUGACACAUGACGAGGGAGCGGCGUUCGUCUGGGCUCCGCUGCUGAAUCUGCAGGAUUCGCUGGUAGAUUUGCUAUUUAAAGGCAGCGUGGAUGUUCGGGAUGUUCAGGAGAUAAGUAGCCUCACUGAUCUUUGCCCUUAUCAAGCAACCGUUUGACUGCCGGUGAGGUAAAGGGCAGUGAGAGAUUUCCAACAUACGUCCAGCGAGUUGAGCUUGUUUCUGCCUCUGGCAAACUGCAGGUCUCCAAUGGCAACAGGUUUUCUGGCCACUGUAGAACCAGGAGGCUGCUGAAGAUGCUGUUGUUUCUUUUGUUGUUAAUUUUUGUUUUAUGUUGUGUUAUUAUUAUUAUUUUUUUUUACAAUCGGAGUACACUGAAUUUUUGUCUUAAUGCACUGUGAAGCGAAGGAGUGGCUCUCUCUGCCUAUGAGGUCAGGGAUGUGGGCUGUAGACGGCAUCAUGAUUGGAUGGUUUUUGUAUAGCAGGGAUUAAAAAACAUACACAUAUAUGAAAUAUAUGUAGAAUGCAUAUGAAGAACUUCACCAGAAACGCACGUCAUAUCUGAAUACUGAAGGAGGAGGAAGAGACUAGGUCGAUGAAGAGGAUCAAUCAAUUGAGGUGAAGAGUUGAGAUCAAUUAGAUUCUUCUUACCUGUCGUCUUUGUAAACGGAUGGCGGGACGUUGGGGAGUGUGAGGUGUCCAGGAGCAGAUUAAAAAAAAAAAGACUGGAACAAAUUUCUAAAUUCACUUUUCUAUCGCAGCUGUGUCUUUUUCAUGAGGUGAUAACGCGCUGCUCAUCCAAUGGGCAGAUAUUUAAGUCCAACAGGAGUUGACGUGUGACGGAAUGUAAAAUGCCAAAAAUAAGGAGGGGGGUGCAUUUGAUUUAUUGACCUAAACCGCCUGGUGAGGGGAGGGGACUCUCCUAAGAUUAAAAAACACAAAAAUAAAGAGACUUUCUGAUUCUUUUGAAACCAAUCCGACUCUAAAUCCUCCACUGUGCUAUCGAACGUGUCUCUCUGUUGGAGCGCCAGUGAGGGUUUAUCUCCACAGCUUGGUAAGGAGGCUUCUUUACUCCCAUCUAACACCAUCCACACUCUCCUCACCCCUCCCUCACACCCGUCCUCAGUCCUCCAGUGCACUCCCAUCCCGACACCCCCUCUCCUCCUACCACAUCGCUCCAUGGGUGACUAUAUGUCUGGUGUUUUAUGAUCAAUGCAUGUCUGCUGCUUGCCCCGACAAACACUGCAGAUCGAGCCUCUCUGGUCGCUGCCUCCUCGGGGCAGCGGAGGCUCAGAGAUGCAUCAGAAAUGGCUGCACCUGCAGAGGAAGUCUUAGUCGAGGCUGACGGGGCUUAAAUCAGUGUGUUGGAUCUUAAUGUUGUGACGCUGAAGAGAAACGGUGUUGAUUUGGAAAACUUUGCUGCACAAACAUGAAACACAUACUGUGAGGGAAUCUUUUUCCAUCAAUGGGGUUUGACUUAAUUCUAGUUUGAUAUUUUGUCGUAAAGACGAUGAGAAGGUGGUGUGAUGUUGUUCCACUGUUCUACCUGUACUGUGCUGUAUUCAUCUUCUUUAGUGUAUCUUGAGUCAGGUUUGGGCUGGUAGGCUUGAUUUAUCCUUCAUCAUAAUUUAAGUUUUUGGACUGUUGGUCAAACAAAGUGAGCAAUUUGGGAACUUGCUUUCAAAUGCAUUAUUCACAAUUUUUCAACUAUUUCAGGGAUUAUACAAAUAUUUGGUUGUCAAAAUUUAAAAACAAUAAAUUGAAAGACGUGAAAAUAAGGAAUUCGGUAAAUUUUGUUCUGUGCAGAUUAUUUUGUUUAUUGUCAAAUUUCAUUGCUAACUGAUUUUGAAUUCAGCACAGUACAUUUACAAUUGGAGAAACAGCAUCGUAGUUCCUGUCACAGGUGCCAAUUAGUUUAAUGGAUACAGGACAGAUUUGUUUUUCAUCUUCAUCCCUAAUUAAACCUUAGAAAGGUCUUUUUCUUUUUCGGUUUGUCUUUCACACAGCCGCCAACCUCUUUAGUUUGUCUUUGUGUAGGUGAUGGAGAUAAAAAUGUGAUCAUAACUGGAAGCAAUACACGUAGUGGCAUGUUGUCUUGUCCUGUCCUUUAUCCUCUGUCUGCCGUAGGAGCUUUUGGAUUUACUUGUAGAUAUAUUGAAUAGGUUUACACGAGUAAAAAAUGUUUUUUUUGAUUUGUGGAAUAUGCUGCUAUUUAACAAUAAUAACUAAUGUACUAAAAAUACAAGGUUAAAACAUAUCGAAAAUCUGUCCUUUAGCUGGAGAGGCAGCUUAUUAUAAGUUAAUAAUAGUGUAAUUCUAACCUGAAGUUAAACCUGUGCCAAAAUAGGUCUUCACAGAGCGAAACUGUAAAUGUGUUGAUUUAAAUCAUCUUAGAUAAGAGGAGACAUACUUUUAUAUUAAGAUUAAAAUGUGAAAAGUGCCAAAUGAAGCAUAUUUAUAAUUUACGUAGGAAGGGAGUCGUCCCAGUGACAGUUUUUAAGAACCACAUAGACUAACGUACUAAAACGUCUCAGUGCAGCCGUUUGUUUAAACCCUCUCUGUUCCUGCCACAAGACGAGGGAACCACCGCGUUAGCCAGUCCUGUGGGAACUACCCUUCCCAGAAUGCAACAGCACUAUGACUCGGGGGCUAGAUGAAUCAAUAUAGCGAUAGGUUAGCAUAAUGAUGCUAAAAAAAUGUGACUAGAUAGCAUUCUUAAAUACAGCCUUUUAUAGUUACAAUGAAAAUGUAUUUUGUGGAAAUAGAUGUUAUCUUUUUUGCACGUCUAUAUUGCAUGAUAUCAGUAAAGCGUGGACAAAAAAAGCGGAAGAAACAAAAAAAAAAAAAAACAAGUGACUAAAAAAAUUAGGCAGUAUGUGUCGUUCAUUUUUCGGAAACAAAUCCUUGCAUGCCGAUAAGAGCAUUUUGAUAUUGUUUUACACGCGUUCAAAUGACGGUUGUUUUUUCGAUACGAUCACGUUGGUCCGCGGGCCACAGGUGAACAAGACGUUUGGUUUUCGACGUCACAACAGUGAGUAUUUUGUCGUUUGGUUAUCGAACCUUCCUCAGAGGGAAAUGAACAAAAGACUCUCGAACAAAAACCUAAGACUAUUUUGCUACUUGCCGAGUGAGCUUGUGAAAAGUUUCUCACUUGCUACCGAACCGAAAAAAUCAGGAUUUAAUUUGCAACCAAGACUGAGAUUGUCCAUGAAUGUACUCACCUCUGCAUACGUUUGCAUAUCACUCCUCUGACCAUUGACGUGCAGUAGAGGCCUCUGUGUGUUGUUGUGUGUUUUUGUACUCUAACAAUACUAACCCUCAACGCGCUGUGUCAAGCUCUCAGUAGAACGCUGUUGUCUGUCCUGUACACUCCCCCCCCCCCCCCCCCCCCCCGCCACCUCCGAGCUCGGGCCUGUCCUGUCACUGAUAUGCACCUUAUUGACCUUAGAUACGACCAGGAGCAUCUCACAGUGGGUCAGAGAGAUUCACAACACCCUCCCUCAUCUACAGCUCGCCCCAAAAGGAAAAGAAAAAAACCACAACUGUGUGUGUGCGGCCUCAGUUUCCCCUCGGGCGACCCCCUCCUCCCAAAUUUAGGACAGAUUGUGUUGUUGCUCUCUUAAUAUGCAAUCCAAGACUCUGAUGUCGGGGAGAGAAACAACACUGAAUGCUGCCAGUGUGCUUUUAAAGUGGCAGCGUUUGGAAUCCUGAUCACUUCAAUUUGAGCGUCAAGAACAAAACAAAAGGUCCAAAAUCCACCCAUCACUCCCCCUCCCUCGUUCUAAUUACACAACAAGAAACCAGAUGAUUUCCCUGUGGUCAUGUUGUGCGCCCUGACACGUGUUGUCAUGGUUAACGUCCUGCUUCCUAUAAAACGAAUUUCCGUGACAACUCUCAGCGACAUGUUUGCACUAAACCCUGCUGUCGCCGUGCACGGCAGGCCGAGCUGAGGCGGGGGUCUGUGUGCGGCACUGCUGUAGAAGUGUAGCUUUUUUCGUAGGUGUUUAUUCUCGAUGUGCAUGCUCCUCUCUCUCUCUCUCUCUCUCUCUCUCUCUCUGAGUUUGUCUGCUUCAGGCCAGCUCCGUGCUUGUGGUGUCUGUGUUUAGUCGGCUAGUCAUGUUUUUAUUUCUACGAUUCUGACGCGUAGAGGAAUGCAAACUUUUAACUCCCACCUGCUCGCCAGGUGACCUCAUUGCUUCUCAGUGGGUGUGCGGCUCCUCAACAUUGUCCACCGAUGUUGUCUCCCCACCACCACCACCACCACCACCCCCGUCCACCUCCACCAACUCAAACCCACUCUCACCCACACCCACCACUGACCCUCCCACCUCUUCAAACACCCUCAAUGAGACACAUUAUGGGACCCCCACUUUCUCCACUUUUCCACCCCCCUUCCCUCCCCGACUCGGGCCCAAUCGAAGCACCAGCAACUGUAGACUGCAUUUGUCAUAUCACUGUUUUUCUGUUCCUUCUUCUCGUUCUCUGUUGGUUUUUAUUUUCCUGGUUUUGAUUUGUACUGUAUGCUCUGUCUAACCUAGACCAGUUUUAACAAAAUGCCAUUUCUGUGUGUAGCCUGUUUACCCCCUCUCUCUCACAUACACACACACAUACACACACACACACACACACACACACGCACACACACACUCUUCCAUGCCCUCUUUUUUGCACUUUCACUGCCCACCUCUCCUUCUCGCCCAAACAUACACUUUCCUCCUCCGCCUCCCACAAGCCUCUUCUCUCGAGUGCCAAAAUAGAACAGAGAGGAAAAACAAAAACACGAAAAACAAAAAAAAAACAAAAAAGACAACAACAACAACUACCAUUCCAAGCGUUUCUUUGAGUUGUUCUUGUGUGUCGGACAUCCAUCCUGGAAGCACCCAUGAAGCCAGCAUGCUCCGCCCUCAUAACAUGAUGUCGCUCAUGACGCCUCAACUGAACAGCACCUUGCCCCCCACCACCACCACCUCCUCCUCCUCCUCCUCCUCCUCCUCACCACCCCCCACAGAGCUAAACCCGACAAGGAUUAACCCUCUGCAGGUUGGCUACCUACCUACUGUCCUGCCUCUCAACCUUAAAAAAAGCCCUACCGCUCAUGCCAGCUGCUUUCCUAAUUCUGUCAUCUCUUCAGCCUGUGGGACUUCAUUGAUUGUGUGCCAUAGUGUUGGGGGCACCUUUCACUCUCCUCACCUCCCCCUCUUUCUCCCGCCCUCACCUUUUCUCUCUCUCUUUACCCCCCUGCCCCCUCCUCUCGCUCUCGCUCCAUUUGAUUUUUCUCAAUGGGAAAGAUUCAAAAACUCCAUUUUUCUAAUGAUGAUUUUUUUUGUUGUCGUUUAACAUCCAAACCACCGCACGCCGACACACGCACCGCCCCCGCGCGGUGGUGUGGGGAGUGUUUACGCACCGUCAGCUGCGCAGCCAUCCUCUGUCCUCUUGAACUUUUUGAACUUUCACCCCCUCAUGAACUUUAUUGACCUUCUUCCUCCUAUACCCCCCUUCUGUGUUCAUCCAACUGUUUUGGACGAUAACUCUCUCAUUCCAUCCCCAAAAACCUCUCUGAGACUGUGCAAUGCUCACUGAUAUGAUUGGAUUUUUUUGUUUGUUUGUUUGUUGCUCAUCAUUGGGGAUAAUUCUCUGAGAUAUAAGUAAAAAAAAAAACCACGAAAGGAAGAAAAAAUAAACGUCCCAAAAAAAAUGCAGACAAACAAAAAAAAAAAGAAAAAACACUAAACAACUGUUUCUCCACAAUUUCAUUUUUUUCUCUCUCAUUGUAAAUAUUUUUGUCAGAUUUUUUGCUGAGCUGUAAAGAGAGAAGUGUUGAGCAUAAAGGGGCCGGCAGCAUAAAGAUGAACUUGUGGACGCGGUAGACAACACUUUUCAUCCUCCGUAUCCGAUAGUUAGGUCUGCCUGUAUAAUCGGCUCUGCUAGUUCUACUGUGUUAACCUGUGCUGUUGUUAUUAGUGUUGAUUUACCUACUGUAUUCGCUGUGUAGCUUCCAUGUUGGCUAGCAAACUCUUUAGAUAAUUGUGCUCAUCACAUAAUGAUACUAACCUUGAGAAGUAGUCCGAGCCAUUCUCAACGUAGAGGCUUGUUUUUGUACAUUUGUUGAUGUGAGUCGUAGUGGCGCUAGUAUCUUUUAUCAUCAAGCCAUAGUUAUUGCAAAUGCUUGGUCGUGUUAGAGACAUAUCAUCGUGGAAAACGGCUCGACUCGGUUCCUCCAGGUUGGAGAAGAAAAAAAAACGCAGGGAGGCGGACACAGAAGGGGAAAAAAAAAGAAAAGGAAACUAAGCUCCUCCCGGGCGACAAAACGAGGAAGCUGAGCUGCUAACGUUUGUGCAAUACAGUCCUAGUUUACAUGAAAUAGAACGAUAGUUUAGGGAUGAUUAACCUCUGCAGGUGGCGCUCAACCAUCCUGUCGCCUGCAGAACCAAACCUCUGCAUAUCUUCGCAUAUCGCCUCUACAUCAGAGACAUGUUGAAAGUAUUAAAAAGUGACUGCGUGAGAUUACGACGCCACCAUUUCACCGCAUUGCUCUGAGCUCCACUCUUGAUUUAUGCUGCCUGCCCCAUCGCCCUGAGAACACCACAUGAGCUAUUUAUUUCUCAGACUAUUAUUAUUAUUAUACUAUUAAUAAAUAACAACGCAAUGAGAAAAAGGGAACGACUGGAAAAAGGUGAAUUAUUAUUAUUAUUGUUUUGUUUUUAUUUUUAGUAUUUUAGUGGUUGCUUUUAACAACAUUCAUUAACUGACUUAAAGAGUAUUCAAUAUUUAAUGUAAUUGUAGCAUUGUGUUUGUAAAGAGAAAAAAAAACCUAGUGAGUUGUGUUUCUUGACUUGUGGAUUACCAGUGAAGUGGGCAAUCUAGUGCUAAUAUAUAUGAGGUCUUUUUUUAAGGAUUCUUAUUUUGCGACAGCAACAGCAGUCAUUAUAAAUGUUCAUUUUAGCAUCA